AUGUUGUUCCUGUCGCCAGAUCACCUACUCAAGACCGUCAAGGCGUCAUCGUGGCCCAAAGAAAAACCGGUUUAUCUAAUGGCACCAACAGUGGACUUCAACACGAAGACAACUCCACGUCCUGCACAGUUUACACGAUCCGUACUGGAGCUGACGGACGUCGUGUUGUGUCGGACGAUGCGAUGCGACCAAGAUAUUAAACACUUUUUACUGCGUCAGAUUAAGGACGACGAAGACGAGCGUUCUGUAGCCAUAAAAAACACCAGAGUACUCUACACGAGUCAGGUGACAGCAGAUCCAGCCAACUUUGCGCGGAAGAUGCAGGAUAAGGAUGCUGCGCCGCAAAACGUGGCAGACUUUGCCUACACACGCUUUGCGCAUACUACUUGGAACGUGUCGUCCAAGACAACACAAGACGUUUUUAGUUGUUGGAAAACCUACAAGAAGGAACUCCCUCCUUUAGAUGUGUAUCUCCUACGAGCACUCCACGAGAACAAGCAAAAUGACGGCACACGAUUCUACAAACCAUUCCCUGGUGACCGUGAUACAAAAGUGCAAGUGUUGGACGCGGUCAAGUUCUCUAAAAGGUUCGGAGAAGCCUCGUUCUUCAUCUGUCCAACCGCAGCAGACGACUGUCUCGAUCUCGCACGAGCUUCCGGCGGUCUUGUCGUCACAGCAGACGCAUAUCCGAUGAAUGAAUUUGUAGCAACAAAAAAAGAGGGAGUGACGUUCCCUACGCAACACUCGACGGCGUUGCGUCAGAGUGAACGUCGUAGUCGGAUAUCAGAUGACGCGUUGCUGUUGCCUCCACCGCCAGCAAAUUAUCACAGUGCAGAUCUGUGUUCUGCUGUGUUGAAGAUAAAGUCAACAUUGUCGCUUAGUGAACGCAAGAACAUUGGAACACAGACACGUCGCCGCUUCCAUGAAGACGCCAAGUACUUUAUGCUGAGUAUGAUGGAACUUCAAGCCUAUACACGACACACUCGUGGGCUUCAAGUCGGCCAACGAAGCCUUGUUGAGGCUUCAGGUUAG